AUGGAAACACCCGUGGUUAAAGGUUGUUGUUUAGGGUUUUGUACACUUCCUGAUAUAGGUCAAGAAGUCAUUUCUUCAACUACUUUCUCAUCAAGCUCAGAACUAGAAGAGCAAUUGAAGACGACAACCGAGAAUAUUGCGACCUUAAAGAGAGAUAAGGCCGUGAAAGAUAAAUCAAUCAAAUAUUUGGAAGAGUUGGCGAGGAAAGUGGUAGACAAGUGUCAAGAGUUUCACUCUCCACCAGAUGAAGACGAAACUCAAGAAUAG